UUGUACAGACCCGGUUCCUGACUAGAAGUGGGGUCCAAACUCGGUGCCUCAUGUGGGGGUGGUGUGGUCCUGGACUUUGCCAUCACGAAAUGAAGACCGUUGUUGUUGUGUGCAGCCAUGGCAGAGCAACAACAGCGAUCAAGGCUGUCAGAAUACAUGCGUGUCAAUGAGAAAAUAGGUGGGAUUGCACCGCGCCUGUUCACAAUCUGCAGGGCUUUCUUAUAUGCAUUUCAUCAUUCGCUACUCUCUGUCUGGCCCUUCCUUCCCACAGGCAGGCCUCGUGGCCAAACUCGCUCACUGUCGCCAACCGCUAUACCGGCCGCCGCAACAACUCUACUAGCCCUGGUAUCAUGCUUCAAGGAAAAUAAUAAUAAUAAAAAGAAGUUUUACAAGCGAGAGAGAGAGAGAAAGAGAGAUCUGGUAGAUACAAGGAUGGGGACAAAUCGUUUUCUGGUGAGCCUACGCCCCUUCAGCUGGACAGUCGUACAGAAAUGCGAAGACGGAAAGUGAAAAAUAAAGAUCUCUUCGAAAAAAAAAAGAAUAUGAUGACAGAAGUGCCGAGAAUCUUGAUGGUGAUUAUGACGAUAUGCAAUGGUGUGAAAUGUAUGGCCGC